CGUCAUAGACGUAUCAAGAAAUAUUGUAUAUAUUGCCAGCGAUCCACUGGUGUCCAUUAAGUCGGUGAAGAUCAUCGAAGAUGGCAGCAAUGAAAGGAGCAACAUUUCUUUUCCUCCUCGUGGGCUUACUUUUCAAUCAAGCUAUAAGUCAGAGUGACAUUACUCAAGAAACACAAAGACUAGUGGCUGAAUUGCAGGAGGAACAAGAUGAAGUAGGAAAAAUAGAAGAAAUAAUUAGCAACCUUAGAGAUGAAGAAAGAAAAGCCAUUACACGCGGACAAAUAGCAAGCACAGGAACAGGAGCAGGAGCUGGAGCUGGACAAGGAACAGGACUUGGACAAAGCGGACCAAAUGAAUUAUAUAAUUACCAAUUCCUUGCUCAAAGCAGGGGAUUUGGAUUAGGCUCAGGAGCAGGGGCUGGUGCUGGAGCAGGAGUUGGGGCAGGAGCCGGUGCUGGCAUAGGAGCAGGAGCGGGAGUAGGAGUUGGUGCUGGUUUAGGAGCAGGAGUUGGUGCAGGCAUAGGAGCAGGUGUUGGUGCUGGAGCAGGAGGGGGUGCAGGUACAGGAGCUGGAAUUGGCUCAGGCGCAAGAGCUCCCUAUUUCCAAUUGCUUCGUCGACGCCUAGGAUUCCAAUCAGGCAAUGGAGGAGGUUUAGGCUUAGGCGCAGGAGCUGGUGUUGGUGCUGGCGUAGGGGCCGGAGCUGGUGCAGGCUUAGGAGCAGGAGUUGGUGCUGGAGCAGGAGUUGGUGCUGGAGCAGGAGUUGGCGCUGGAGCAGGUAUUGGUGCUGGCGUAGGAGCAGGAGUUGGCGCUGGCCUAGGAGCUGGAGCAGGAGUUGGUGCUGGCGUAGGAGCAGGUGCUGGUACUGGGUUAGGAGCAGAAUUUGAAGCUGAAUUAGAAGCAGAAUUUGGUGCUGGCUUAGGAACAGGACUUGGUGCUGGCUUAGGAGCAGGAGCUGGUGCAGGAGGAGGAAUCGGCUCAGGCUUAGGACCUUCCUAUCAGCAAUUCCUUGCCCAACGCUAUGGAUAUAGAUCAGGCAUCGGAGGAGGUUUAGGCUUAGGAGCAGGAGCUGGUGUUGGUGCAGGUGCUGGCGCUGGAGUAGGCGCAGGAGUUGGCGCUGGCGCUGGAGCAGGAGUUGGUGCUGGUGCAGGAACAGGUGUUGGUGCUGGAGCAGGACUUGGAGCUGGAUUAGGAGCAGGAAUUGGUGCUGGCUUAGGAGCAGGACUUGGUACUGGCUUAGGAGCAGGAGUUGGUGCUGGCGUAGGAGCAGGUGUUGGUGCUGGAGCAGGACUUGGUGCUGGCGUAGGAGCAGGAGCUGGCGUAGGAGCAGGUGUUGGUGCUGGAGCAGGAGCUGGUGUUGGCCUAGGUGCUGGUGCUGGUGUAGGGGCAGGACUUGGAGCUGGAUUAGGAGCAGGAAUUGGUGCUGGCUUAAGAGCUCGCUAUUUGCAAUUCCUUUCUCAAAGUUUAGGAUAUGGAUCAGGUUUUGGAGGUGGUUUAGGCUUAGGAGCAGGAGCUGGAGCUGGAACAGGUGUUGGUGCUGGCUUAGGAGCAGGUGCUGGGGCAGGAGUAGGAGCUGGCUUAGGAGCAGGAAUUGGUGCUGGCCUAGGAGCAGGAGUUGGUGCUGGCAUAGGAACUGGACUUGGAGCUAGUGCUGGAGGAGGAGCAGGAAUUGGCUCUGGCUUAGGAACUCGCUAUAUGCAAUUCCUUUCUCAACAUCUAGGAUAUGGAUCAGGUAAUGGAGGUGGUUUAGGCUUAGGAACAGGAGCUGGUGCUGGGGCAGGUGUUGGUGCUGGCGUAGGAGCAGGAGUUGGUGCUGGAGCAGGUGUUGGUGCUGGUGUAGGAGCAGGAGUUGGUGCUGGGCUAGGAGCAGGGGUUGGAGCUGGAGCAGGUGUUGGCACUGGAUUAGGAGCAGGACUUGGAGCAGGAGUUGGUGCUGGCGUAGGAGCAGGAGUUGGUGCUGGAAUAGGCGCAGGAGCUGGAGCUGGUGUAGGAGCAGGAGCUGGAAUUGGUGCUGGAGCAGGUGUUGGAGCUGGAGCAGGUGUCGGCGCUGGCGCAGGGGCUGGUGUAGGUGCAGGAGUUGGUGCUGGCUUAGGAGCAGGUCUUGGAGCUGGAGUAGGACUUGGUGCUGGAGCAGGAGCAGGCCUUGGUGCAGGCCUAGGAGCAGGUCUUGGGGCUGGCUUAGGAGCAGGUCUUGGUGCUGGAGCAGGACUUGGUGCUGGCUUAGGAGCAGGUGCUGCAGCAGGAGCUGGAGCAGGUCUUGGCGCUGGCUUAGGAGCAGGGGCUGGAGCAGGAGUUGGUGCUGGCUUAGGAGCAGGUGUUGGAGCUGGAGCAGGAGUUGGUGCUGGCUUAGGAGCAGGUGCUGGAGCUGGAGCUGGUGUCGGUGCUGGCGCAGGGGCUGGUUUGGGUGCAGGAGUUGGUGCUGGCUUAGGAGCAGGUCUUGGAGCCGGAGCAGGACUGGGUGCUGGAGCAGGAGCAGGUCUUGGGGCUGGCUUAGGAGCAGGUGUUGGUGCUGGAGCAGGAGCAGGCCUUGGUGCUGGAGCUGGAGCAGGUCUUGGUGCUGGAGCAGGUGUAGGCGCUGGCUUAGGAGCAGGUCUUGGUGCCGGCUUAGGAGCAGGACUUGGUGCUGGAGCAGGUCUUGGUGCUGGCUUAGGUGCAGGUCUUGGUGCUGGCUUAGGUGCAGGUCUUGGUGCUGGAGCAGGUCUUGGGGCUGGCUUAGGAGCAGGUCUUGGUGCUGGCUUAGGUGCAGGUGUUGGUGCUGGAGCAGGGCUUGGGGCUGGCUUAGGAGCAGGUGUUGGAGCUGGAGCAGGCGCAGGACUUGGUGCUGGAGCUGGAGCAGGAGCAGGACUUGGUGCUGGAGCUGGAGCAGGUCUUGGCGCUGGAGCAGGAGCAGGUCUUGGCGCUGGCCUAGGAGCAGGUCUUGGCGCCGGCUUAGGAGCAGGAGCUGGUGUUGGCGCAGGUGCUGGUGCUGGAGUAGGCGCUGGCUUAGGAGCAGGUCUUGGUGCUGGCUUAGGUGCAGGUGUUGGUGCUGGAGCAGGGCUUGGGGCUGGCCUAGGAGCAGGAAUUGGUGCUGCCUUAGGAUUAGGUGCUGGAGCUGGAAUUGGCUCAGGUGCAGGGGCUCCCUAUUUCCAAUACCUGGCUCGACGUUUAGGAUAUAAUUUAGGAGGUUUUGGUGCUGGCUUAGGAUCAGGACUUGGUGCUGGAGCAGGUCUUGGUGCUGGAGCAGGUCUGGGUGCCGGAGCAGGUCUUGGUGCCGGAGCAGGAGUUGGCGCUGGCUUAGGAGCAGGAGUUGGUGCUGGAGCAGGUGUAGGCGCUGGCUUAGGAGCAGGUCUUGGUGCUGGCUUAGGAGCAGGUCUUGGUGCUGGCUUAGGAGCAGGUCUUGGUGCUGGAGCAGGAGCAGGACUUGGUGCCGGAGCAGGAGUUGGUGCUGGAGCAGGUGUUGGCGCUGGCUUAGGAGCAGGUCUUGGUGCCGGAGCAGGAGUUGGCGCUGGCUUAGGAGCAGGUGUUGGUGCUGGAGCAGGUGUUGGUGCUGGCUUAGGUGCAGGUCUUGGUGCUGGUAUAGGUGCAGGUGUUGGUGCUGGAGCAGGAGCAGGACUUGGUGCCGGAGCAGGAGUUGGUGCUGGAGCAGGUGUUGGUGCUGGCUUAGGAGCAGGUCUUGGUGCCGGAGCAGGAGUUGGCGCUGGCUUAGGAGCAGGAGUUGGUGCUGGAGCAGGUGUUGGUUCUGGCUUAGGAGCAGGUCUUGGUGCCGGAGCAGGAGUUGGCGCUGGCUUAGGAGCAGGUGUUGGUGCUGGAGCAGGUGUUGGCGCUGGCUUAGGUGCAGGUCUUGGUGCUGGUAUAGGUGCAGGUGUUGGUGCUGGAGCAGGAGCAGGACUUGGUGCCGGAGCAGGAGUUGGUGCUGGAGCAGGUGUUGGUGCUGGCUUAGGAGCAGGUCUUGGUGCUGGAGCAGGAGUUGGUGCUGGCUUAGGAGCAGGUCUUGGUGCCGGAGCAGGAGUUGGCGCUGGCUUAGGAGCAGGAGUUGGUGCUGGAGCAGGUGUUGGCGCUGGCUUAGGUGCAGGUCUUGGUGCUGGUGCAGGACUUGGUGCUGGGUUAGGAGCAGGUCUUGGUGCCGGAGCAGGAGUUGGCGCUGGCUUAGGAGCAGCAGCUGGUGCUGGAGCAGGAGUUGGUGCUGGCAUAGGAGCAGGAGUUGGCGCUGGCUUAGGAGCAGGAGUUGGUGCUGGAGCAGGUGUUGGCGCUGGCUUAGGUGCAGGUCUUGGUGCUGGUGCAGGACUUGGUGCUGGGUUAGGAGCAGGUCUUGGUGCCGGAGCAGGAGUUGGCGCUGGCUUAGGAGCAGGAGCUGGUGCUGGAGCAGGAGUUGGUGCUGGCGUAGGAGCAGGAGUUGGUGCUGGAAUAGGCGCAGGAGCUGGAGCUGGUGUAGGAGCAGGAGCUGGAGUUGGUGCUGGUAGUGUCUUGGAAAGUUAUUGUAGACAGUUGAUAGAAAAUUGAUAAUGGAAGUUGUGUGUUAUAAUAUUACGAUGCUUUUUGUAUCAAUUUUAUAAUUUUUGUUAUUAUUUGGAUAUCGUUGGGUGUUUAAUUUCGUUUUUUUUUUAAUUUAAAAUACUCAUUUGUCUAGAAUAUCUUGUUGUUUCUCUAUAUAUUUUGUCUAAGUUUUAAUUUCUUGCAUUCGGUGCUGUGUUUAUAUAUUACUAAAAAAAUAAAACUGUUUGAAAUGCUCUUUUAUCUACAUUUAAAUUAAAGCUAAAUGCCUUUAUAUUGUAAAAGUUGUCAUAUGCAAAAUAAAGUCAAUUAUUUUCCUUCUU